UUCAACGUUAAUUAUAUCAAGGUUUAUUAGCUCUGACAGUGGAAUUUAUGAAUGCAAGCUUAUGCGUGCAAAGGACAAAUCAUUUUUUCGACAGAAAACUGAAGGACCCAUCAUUCUGAAACAAAAACCCACAAUCACAGUCUCACCAAUCAUAAAGUUUGUGGGGUGCACGGAUGGAGAAGUGAAUCUGACGUGCAGUGUCAGUGAUGGGUACCAGGUUACAUUUCUGGACUUGCCUACUGCAGGCCCUGGUAAUGUGAUUAACUCUACAUAUAAAAUCGAUCAAAAUUGUGAAAAAGAGAAAAAGACGUUCACCUGUCAGUUGAACAAAAACCCUGCAUUUGCAAAAAAUAUAACACUCCAGUUAUCCACAGACUCCUUUCGCUGUAAAAAUGAAAUAUUUGGUAAAGGAAAUCUAGGUGACAAAGCUGCAGUGUCUUGUGAUCCAAAAAUUGUGGGACCAAACAAGGUGGGAGAAAUAACUGCAGUUUGUAUGGAAAAUAGAGAAUUUGGAAAUGUGCAAGACAACUGCAUCCUGCUACCAGUUCAGCUGCUGCUUGACGAGUCUCAGUUCUUGACUGCCACAACACUGCCAGCAUUUUUGGAACAGCUCAAAAAUGUCACUGUCAACUUAACUAAUGAAGUGGUUAAAUCUCCUCCCAACAUUAAGGCAAUUGUCAAAAUUCUCUCCAAUGUAGCCAACAAAUCUUCAUCUUUAAAUAUCUCGAUUAUAGAAGAUUCAAUGGAGAAUAUCCUGAUAACUGCAGGGAUUCUCACCCUUAAUGAAACAAAGCCAUCAUGGAACGUUCUGAACAUCAAUGAUACCAUAAACAUAUAUAACAACUCCAAAGCUGAAAGUGUCAGCUCAUCAUUCCUGCAGUCUCUUGAGAUAUUAACAAGUCAACUCAGCAAUACCACUUCUAAUAUUAACACAACAUCUAUUCAGUUAAACAAAACUAUAUUCAGAAACUCUUUCAAUGCUGUGUUUAAUUUUUCAGUGGAAAUAGAAAUACCAGAGGCUGAAGAAAAUAAAACAAUCACUACAAUAAUAUUUGACACAUUGGAUAAUGUACUCCCUGCAAGAGAUCAAGACAAUUCAUCAUUCAAUUUUAUAAAUGGCAGGGUUGCACUUGUUCAGUCCAGUGGUGAUAUCAAUAAUAUCUCUCUCACAUUUGAUAUUUUAAACUCUACACUGGGGAACCCUGAAUGUGUCUUCUGGAACUUCAGCCUCUUUGAUGGUCUGGGAGGAUGGGACAAUGAGGGCUGUGAGGUCGUGUUAAACAUAAAUGAAACGGGAACUGUGACCUGCAGCUGCAACCACCUGACCUCAUUCUCUAUCCUCAUGUCACCAAACAGUCCAAAGAAACUUUAUCUGGACAUUAUAACCUACAUUGGAGUUGGUCUGUCCAUGGGUUCAUUGGUCAUAUGUCUCAUCAUUGAAGCCCUCAUAUGGAGAAAAAUCAGAAAGAAUGAAACUUCUUACUUGCGUCAUGUUUCCAUUGUCAACAUUGCCGUGUCUCUCCUGAUUGCAAACAUCUGGUUUAUAGUUGGAGCGGCCAUUUCAGAUGCAGAUGUGAAAAACCCUCCAGCGUGCACUGCAGCUACCUUUUUUAUCCACUUUUUCUACCUAGCCCUGUUCUUCUGGAUGUUGGCCUCAGCUCUGCUGCUGCUCUACCGCACAACUAAUGUCUUUGGUGGAGGUUUGUCUAAAGCAUCUAUGCUGGCCAUUGGAUUCAUUCUAGGCUACGGGGCUCCUCUCAUCAUUGCAACAAUAACUAUUGCUGCAACUGCACCUGACAAUGGAUAUAUUCGAGAAAAUACAAUCUGCUGGCUCAACUGGGAUAAGACCAAGGCUCUACUGGCAUUUGUGAUUCCUGCACUUUUAAUAGUGGUCAUAAACCUCAUUAUCCUGGUUGUUGUGUUGUACAAAAUUGUGAGACGAAGGGUUGGGACGAAUGCUGCACAAGCAGGUGAGAGGCACGUUUUAGUGGUUAUUGCCAAGAGUUUGGCUGUGCUCACACCAUUUUUUGGAAUAACUUGGGGUUUGGGAGUUGGAAUCCUGACUAAUCCAGAGAACGAAGGAAUCCAUAUUGCAUUUGCAUUCUUCAAUUCACUGCAGGGCUUCUUUAUUUUGGUGUUUGGAACACUGUUGGAUAGUAAGGUACGGUCAGAAAUAGCAGCAUUGUCACAACUUUCCAGCAGCAGAAGUGGGACGGGGACAACCAGUGCUGGAAACUCAUCAUCAAGUGGAUUUGGAUUUUUAAGGAACCUGAGACGUGGAAGAGAUGGCUACCACGUGUCUUCUAGUGCAUCCAAUGAUUUACAUUCUGCAAACACAUAAAUUGUUCAGCUAGCUGUGGUCAUUCGACAACCAACAAUGCAAGUCUGGCGUUAUUGAUGUUUUAUUUUUUUCCCCACAGCAAUAAUAAGUUCAGCUGGGAUAGUU